GCGGCCUUCUCGCAGAGCCUACACACGCACAGUAUUGUUGGUUGGUAUGGUUGGUUGCAAUCUAAAAUAAAACAAAAUAAAAAUUAAAUUAAAAAAAUGGGGUAGUUUUCUCUCUCAUCGGUUCUAGUGAGAGAAAAUCGUAGCAGUAACAAUCCGAUGGAGAAGGCGAUGCGCGUUUUCAGCAGCAGCAUUUUGACAUCGUCAUCGUUGUUGGCUAUCGCCGCUGUGAUUCUUAUGCUGCUGCUCAUCCUGGUCCUCAUCCUCAUCGCUUGCAAGUUCAAACCAUGGCGCCGCUUCCUAUCCACCACCGCCGCCGCCGCCCGCCGGCGUCCUCCCGCCUCGAUCAAGGUUGAUGACAUCGAGAGGCCUCUUAUUUCGGGAGAUUUGGGUAUUCUUGAAAGCCAGAACAAUGAGUCGAUAUCAAGUAACCCCACUGAGCAGGCUGGUUUUAGUUCGACACAUUCUGGUGCAGUUCCACCCAAACAAAGGCAUUUGUCUGCAUCCUCCCAGUUGACACACAGUGAUAGUUUUAUUCUCGAUAUUUCAAAUACUUCUGAGGAUUUCGGUCAGACGCUUAAGCGUCCAAUUGGACCAAACCAGUUUGCUGAACAGAGGAAACAUGAGAAACGAGAAGAUGUUAAUUAUAAGACAAGAUAUAGUGCAGAUAAAGACACUUUCAAAGACUUUAUUCCCACUUAUAGUACAAACAGAGGAAGUAUUCUCAUGCUGGAUGUAAUUUCUGGUCCUUCUCGCGGGCUUCAGUAUUCUGUACAGUCAACUGAUACAUCCAAACUUCCUGUAACUAUGGGGAGAGUAUCGCCUGGUGAUUUAAUACUAAAAGACUCUGAGGUCUCUGGCAAACAUGCAACAAUAAAUUGGAAUGUAAAUAAAUUAAAGUGGGAGCUGGUUGACAUGGGUAGCUUGAAUGGUACAAUUUUGAACUCCCAAACAGUCCAUAUUCCUCAAUCUGGAAGCAGACAUUGGAGUAAUCCAGUUGAGCUCUCGAGCGGAGACGUAAUAACUUUAGGCACAAGUUCAAAGAUUUUGGUCAAUAUUACAGCUCAAACAGAAUGCAAGACACCUUUUGGGAUAGGUACAGCAUCAGAUGCCAUGGCACUGCGUCGAGGAGGGAAGAAGUUGCCCAUGGAAGAUGUUUGCUAUUACAAGUGGCCUCUUCCUGGAAUGGAUCAGUUUGGAUUGUUUGGCAUAUGCGACGGACAUGGAGGAGCAGAUGCAGCCACAUGUGUUAGCAAAAUAAUGCCUGAAGUAAUUACUGGCAUCUUGUCUGAUUCAUUUAGAAGGGAGAAGGUUUUAUCUCAGUGUGACGCUUCUGAUGUCCUUAGAGAAGCAUUUCAUGAAACAGAAGCACGUAUUAAUCACUACUAUGAGGGUUGUACUGCUACGGUGCUUCUGGUUUGGGUUGAUGGUCAUGAAAAUUUCUGUGCGCAAUGUGCAAAUGUUGGAGACUCAGCUUGUGUUGUAAAUAUCGAGGGAAAGCAGAUAAAGAUGACAGAAGACCAUAGGAUUGCCAGUUAUUCUGAAAGGCUCCGUAUUCAAGCAUUAGGAACGCCUCUGAGAGACGGGGAAACUCGAAUAUGCGGUAUAAACCUCGCCAGGAUGCUUGGAGACAAGUAUCUUAAGGAGCAGGAUAUUCGAUUCAGUUCAGAACCAUUUAUAAGUGAAGUUGCACAUAUUGACCAAUCAAGCAAUGCUUUUGCUCUAAUUGCUAGUGAUGGCUUUUGGGAUGUUAUUAGCAUCAAGAAAGCAGUUCAGCUAGUGCAUCAGACAAUGGAGAGAAACGCAGCAGACGAGGAGAAUUCAGCGGAAAAAAUAGCUAAUUUUUUGUUGAGUGAAGCAAGAACACUUCGUACAAAGGACAAUACCUCUAUUAUUUUCUUGGACUUUAGCACCAGCCGAAUCCGUUCGUGUAAAACUUGAUCUCAGAACAAUUUUCGAAGAGUCUUAAUUUAUAAUAAUUAAUUAUUCUUUUUUUUUUUCUUCUUCUUCUUACCAUUUUAAGCUCUGUGCAUGUGGAUGGAUCUCUUUUGCUGCUGUUCUUGCACUGAGUUUAAUUUGGAUUAUUUUGUACAUAUAUAUUGCUAGUCUUUUUUAUACUGACUUGGCAUCAUAAACCCCA